CUGCAGAUAAGCAGCACGCCUCUGGGUUCUACAGUUGCUUCCACAUUUCCCCUGAAGGACACACGAUGGAAGCGGCUGCAGGGUACCCCUCUGUUUUCGUUGUGGACCCAACACUAAGGGAUGUUCCCUUUGUGCCACCCAGACGGAGGAAUCCAAAGAAGUGGCAAGCUGGCCAGAUGUUCUUGGGGCUCCUGGUCCUGCUGAUGCUGAGCGGCUUAACCAUCCAAGCCUAUCUCCUGAUUUCCUUCCGCAAGGACCUGGAUGCAGCGAUGGCAAAGGGAGCAGCAAGCAAUGCGACUGCUGAAAAAAUUAUACAAGCUCCACCCAAGCUUCCUCUCAAAAGACCAUCUGCUCAUCUGACACUAGAAUCCCCCGACGCUGCAAUUAGAGAUGGAGUCAUGCAGUGGGAACAUCAGAACGGGUUUGCCUUUCUGCACGGCAUGGACUACAAAGCUGGUUCCCUGAUUUGCAACAGAUCUGGCUACUACUAUGUCUACUCCAAGCUCAGCUUGGCAUAUUCAAGCUGUCUGGCCAAACACCGGAGGAAUUCCCUUUUCACCCACAGCAUUUACAAAAGGACAUCUCGGUAUCCUAAGGAGCUAUUACUUCUGACCAACUAUAUUACCUAUUGCAACUCUAAGGACAGUGAACAGUGGCACGGCAACAGCUUCCUUGCUGGGAUGGUGUAUCUAGAAGAGGAGGACGAAAUGUUCACCAAAGUAACAAACGAGGAGCUGUUAUUGUACAACGAUGACUCAGUAUCACAAUUCGGCACCUUCAUGAUCUAAAGGCUGCGCAUAGACUUGAUUUUAGUUGAGCAUUGGAGAAGGGCCCCUUCCUUGUACUGUGGUGGGGUCAUCUCUCAAUGUUGCUUCAGAUAUUCUUCAACUAUGUUGAAGGAAGGGCAAGAGGUCCACGCUCGGUUUUUUUUUAGAAGAAAAAGUUGUUUGAUAAGCUGUUGGUUGGCCAUGACCAAAAUAAAAAUGGGUGAGAAAUAUUUGAUGUGGGAGGGAGGUCAUAGGUGAACUUCGUCUGUUUCUUCAAAGAGCUAGCUGACAUUUCUUUCAUUGCUGAGCUGUCCACCCAUGGCUGGCAUCCAAAGUGCCUGUUUUAGGUAACAGAUUCACUUCUUUUUUGGGGGGGUGGGAGAAGGCUAACUCUAUUUUUUUAUACAUUAUUAUUAUUAUUAUUAUUUGAAAUUCUGUAAAAUCCUGCAGUCAGUCUGAUAAGGAGUCACAGUGGACAAAGAAAAUGAGAUGACAACGUAUCACCUUGUGGUCUCUGAACAGCUGCUGUAUCUACAGGGCCUUUCCCCACUUUCACCUACCUACAGCAUAAACGUGCCCAUGCAGUCUCUAAUUUCUACCUUGUCCCCAUGAAGUUACCUUUGUCUUGUUCUCAGCAUCCCAGCACUGAGAAAGCCUUGGAAUGAUAUUUUCCUCUCUUAUCUUGACCCUUCCAGAGGGCAGCCUUGAGACCAAUCAGAUCCCACAGAUUAGGCCUCCUCAGGAUUCCAU